GUGAAACAAAUCUAAAUACAGAAAAUAUAGAUCUGUCUUAGUGGGUAUACAAUUUUUCAAUCAAGCUCACAUUUUUCUAAUGGGAGCGCUUUUCAAAUCUUGUUAUUUUGGUAUAAAGAGAUAAUUUUCCAUUUGGGUUUCAUAAGUUUGGAUUCAUUUGAGUGACCAUUCAUUCACCCAAGCGAAAGGACAAAACUUUUCCUAAUUCUGGGUUCUAUUCUACCGACAAGAGCUGACUUCGUCAAUCCUGAGUUGAAGUUUGUCAAGCAUGGUUCCGGCAAGGAACGGGUCAGCGAUACCAGUUCUUGGGUUCUUGAUAUGUGCAGCCUUCAUCUACCUCUCGUUCAGGGACUUGUGGCUGAAUCACAAGUGGAGAACGGAGAUAGGGUUUGUGAAACGGAACGGAACUCAGUUCGUGGUGGACGGUAAGGCUCUGUAUGUGAAUGGGUGGAACUCGUAUUGGUUCAUGGACCAUGCGGUUAAUGAACACAGCAGAUACCUUGUGAGUGAAAUGCUCGAAACUGGAGCCAAGAUGGGUCUCACUGUUUGUAGAACUUGGGCUUUUAAUGACGGUGGAUACAACGCUCUUCAGAUCUCUCCUGGCAGAUUCGAUGAGCGAGUCUUCAAGGCCUUGGAUCAUGUGAUUGCAGAGGCGAAGAAGCAUGAUGUUAGGUUGCUUCUUUGCUUAGUGAACAACUUGCAAGCGUACGGAGGGAAGUCACAGUAUGUGCAAUGGGCAUGGCAAGAAGGAGUUGGUCUCAGCUCCUCUAAUGAUUCCUUCUUCUUUGACCCUUCUAUCCGCAAAUACUUCAAGAACUAUCUCACGGCUCUGCUGACUCGCAAGAACUCAGUAACUGGAAUAGAGUACAGAAACGACCCGACGAUUUUCGCUUGGGAGUUGAUAAACGAGCCUAGAUGCACCUCUGAUGUCUCUGGCGACACUCUCCAAGUCAGUCCUGCAUUUUCUCACUUAUUAGUUAUCACUUUCAGAUUGUUUACUGUUCAACAAAAGUAUCAAUAUGGUGUUGUUCUUGUGGGAUCACAGGACUGGAUAGACGAAAUGACAAGCUUCAUAAAAUCAAUUGAUGACAAGCAUCUCCUCACUGUUGGUCUUGAAGGCUUCUACGGUCCCAAUAGCCCGAAACGGCUGACAGUUAAUCCAGAAAUGUGGCCCUCUGAGCUUGGAACAGACUUUGUUCGAAACUCAAACUCCUCAAACAUAGACUUCGCGUCUGUUCACAUCUACCCUGAUCACUGGUUUCAUAAUCAAACCUUUGAAGAUAAGCUAAAGUUCGUGGUGCAAUGGAUGCAAUCUCACAUCGAAGACGGGAUGAAAGAGCUCAAGAAGCCAGUCUUGUUCACGGAGUUUGGGCUCUCGAACCUGAACAAAGACUACGAGCCAUCGCAGAGAGAACGUUUCUACAGAACAAUCUUCGAUGUGGUGUACAAAUCAGCAAAGAGAAGGAAGGCAGGGGCAGGGACGCUGGUGUGGCAGCUGUUCAUGGAAGGCAUGGAAGGUUUCAACGACGAGUUUGGGAUUGUUCCACACGAACAAGACCCCAUGUAUAGGUUAAUGGUCGAACAAUCUUGCAGGUUGGGUAAAGUCACAGGACGUCGUGAGGAACAUAAGUUGAGAAAACUCUGUUCCCACAAACAUUGAGAGAAUCAUAUGUACACUGAGUUGUUUUUUGUAUACAGUGAGAUCUGAUUCUAAUUUUGAUCCAACUCAUAAUAAAUAAUUACUUAGUUCGAGUUCA